UCAACCCAUCGAUGGCCAAAAUCUAGAUGCCAAGGUUUCACGCAAUUAUUUGUCGCUAUAGUAACCAUUCUUCCAUUCUGAAUUCAAUUCAGUUCCAAGAGAUCGUGUAUGACCCCGGGGAUCUGCCUCCGGGGUGAUUCUCUAUACAUUCGCCCGAGUGCGUGUGGACGCAACGUUCCUCCCAAAUAAGAUUCACGCAGUCAUUCUUGCUGCAACUGCAUUUCCUACAUCAUGCACCAUUGGAAGCAUCGCCAGGAAUCAUUACCUGAGGUCGGACGGUGGCAACGAGAGCAGUCGCAUACGGCUCCACUUUGUAUGUUUCUGCUCAUUCCCAUUCACCACAAGUACGCAUCAAUGCAUCACACAGCAGGAUUGCCUCAGAGAUACCUGUGCUUUCGACGAUAGGAUCACCAAGCUGAUGUACCCAGCUGAACAAGGCACUGAACACCAUCGAUACUUCUUCAUAAUUAAUUUGCCCAUCGUUUGUUUUUGAGCGAAGGAUCUUGUAAUUCCUGGGAAUAUAAUCAGGACAGUGUAAACGGACUGGAUGUUUGCCUUAGUACAUGUCUGCCCCUGCUAAAAUCGAAAUGUCUGUCAGCUAUACACACUUUCAACUGGACAACAGAGGCUCUCCAAACUUAUGGAAUCUAACCAAUACAACUAAUUUCCAACAAAAGAACAAAUCUGCCACACUAAAUCUUCCCAUUUUGCUGCUUCUUGUUCUGAUUAUUUGGACAUUCUUCGGUAACGUGUUAGUGCUAAUUGCGGUGUAUAGAGAAAGAGGGUUGAAAUCUAUGUCUAAUUAUGUGAUAGCAAGUCUUGCUCUUGCUGACCUGCUACUGGCUGUGCUCGUCAUGCCUCUCGGCCUCGUAUCUCUGGUGCGUGGCCACUGGGGAUUUGGACUUCCAUUGUGUGUAAUCUAUCUAGCUUUAGAUGUAAUGCUGUGUACUGCCUCUAUUAUUCAUCUUUGUGCUAUUGCUGUCAACCGCUAUCUAGCCGUAACCUUCCCACUUCACUUCUCACGAGAAAGAGUGAACUCUCGUCCACGGAUUCUUGGAACUAUUGUACCUGUGUGGAUGGUAUCACUGGCUAUAUCUAUUCCUCUCUUCGUUCAAGGAUUUUUGGACCCUGAUAGUACAUUACAAAAUGAAGGGCGUGAUUGCGGGUAUUUUAAUUCCACGUUCAUCGUCUACUCUUCCAUGUGUUCAUUCUAUGUGCCGCUGGCGGUUAUGAUCGUGGUGGACUGGAGAGCCGUCAGGAAGCUUCGCGGAAGAAAAAAAGCUGUGGAAUUUGGAGAACCUUCUCCUCGAACCCCCAUUCAGCAGGUUAACAGCAACUCAACAACUGUCAGCUGUGGAGACUCCCCGGCACAUGAUAACCCUACGGCAAAUGGUAGUAAAAGUGUUGAUGCAAUCAGAAAAAGAUCACUUCGAAUAACAUUCUGUGCUGGAGUGAAAAAGUCCAGUGUUGGUUACGGAAGUACCCAAACAGAAGCAAUUAAAACAAGACAACGGUGGAUGACAAGCAAGAGAGAACGUCGUGCAGCCAAAACACUUGUGGUUGUGUUUGUGUGUUUUAUUGUUCUAUGGCUACCUUUCUUCGUCGUUCACCUCCUGAGUGGUGUUUGCUCGUCGUGUCACCCACCCAAUGAACUUUUCAUUGUGUUUACUUGGCUUGGCUAUAUUUCUUCAGCAGUUAACCCGUGCAUAUACACGUGUUUUAAUUUAGACUUCCGACGAGCAUUUAUGCGGAUCAUAACAUGUGACAAGCACCCUAGACGUGUGUCACGACAUGCUGAUCUUACAACUACCCAUACUCUACGGACAAGCUUACGAUCAUAACUGCAUGAUGUUCUACGGUUUCAAGCCUUGGUAAAAUUACAGUGCGGAUGAGCAUCACUGAAGGACAAGAUAUUUUAGUGAAAUGAAUUUUAGGGUCUAGUUUCCAGUCAAGAAAGUUUGAGACAUCUGGACUGGUACAAUACAUUUUAGGUUCGACGUAAGACAAGUAAUGUAACGUUUUCUCAAAGUCAAAUAUUAAAUAUACUUACCGCGUGCUCACACUCUGACGCAGUAUCGCAGUCUUCUAGUCACAGGAAACUUGUGUGAUUCCCCAGAGACGAAAAACUUUUGGCUGUAUUAUGUUUGCCUUGUUUCAAAAUACAAUCGAAAGUCUAUGCAAAAUACUUGGAUGAAAACCCGUACAAUGAAUAUUUGUAAUAGUUCAUUUUGCAAUCUAUGUUGGUGACUUCUACGGCACCUAUAACGCAAGUGCAGUAACACAUCUGAUACAAAACGGAUUUCGGUCAUCGGGAUUCAAGUAUUAAUAUUAUAAGCAUACUGUUAAAAAGGGUAAGAUUUCUCACAACCUGAAAUAUAUGUGGCUCGCAUGAUUUCUUCCUCAGCCGUGUCACGUAAUUUGCAGCUUUCGAGGUUAUUAAUUUCUGCACGCUGGCUGUCGUAAUACAAAUAAUUUAUUUUAGUUACCUAAUAAUGCUUCAAAUUACUUAUAACUGGUAUCACAAGCAUUGUGUAUUUUACUACUUGAUUGCAUCCAUCUUGAAGUACCAGGCGUCUUUCACCGAAAAUGUACGGGUAUAGCGUAAUUUGUUAGAAGUAUCGAUACGCCCAUUCCAAAAAUCUGCAAAAUAAGAUGUACGUAUUCGUAUAUUUGGACUUUCUUUUUUUUCCCAAAAUAUCUUGGAAAUAACAGAUUUCUUUCUUUAAAUAAACUUUAGUAGAUUCCUACAUUUGAAAGUCCAUAACACGUCAAGAAACUUAAAAUAACAAUAGUCGCGGAAUCGUAUAGAUGAGAAGUAGGUCAUUAUAUUAAAACCAGCCAGUUAACGGGUCCAGCCUACGCAAACUAUAGCCUUACAAUCAAAAUGUUACUUAAAAAAAAAUUCACAUGUUAUAAAAUUCUCAAAUUCUCAAUUCAGGAAUCUUACGAAGUAAUAUAUCCGUCUUGUGUACGAAUANGAAAAAUGGGGCUUCGAAUAAGUAAGAUAGUGGUACAAUUGUUUCUUGUUUUGUCUCAUUUAUAGGUAUUAAAUUAGUUCACUCUCAAUGUUCCCUACCGUAAUUUCCAUCGUCAACCAUACAGAGAAAACAUGUCAGAUCUCUUUCUUCUUUUACUUGUGACAGAUAACCUAAAGAAAAAAAAAUCCACAUAUGUCUACAGGUUCGCUGGACCUUUUUAAUACCCUUGCAUUCUGCUAAUUUAAAUAUAUGCUGACUUGUGAAUCUGCAAUGAAUCUGCAAGAACGUAUUUAUCAGCCCCACAAAUUUCUGUUGUGUCAAAUGUAUGAUAAGUGACCCAAUUAAAGUUGAUGCGUGUUUUUUAAAUUAAGCUUGUGGUCAUGUGAAUUUCAUUUCUAUAUUGCGGAAGUUAGAACGUUUGUUAAAAACCUACCCUGGACUUGGCGGAUGUGUAUUUGCAAAUGCAGCCGUUAGUAUGGUCAUGAGCACAACAACUUCUCACUCCUUGGUCUCCCAGAUUUUUGACAUUGCAGUCAUAUCACUUUUGCCAAUACCUUACCUCCUUUUAUGAUCUCUUAGCUCUGAGAAGAUGUUGAUUCCAGGUGUAUUUCUGCUUUUGAGGCUUCUGUCACUUCCUCCACGGCGGGGAGGUUUUGAACUUCUCUGCUCCAAUAGGAUGGGACUUGGUAUUUGUAGUUGUGGAGGUUUUCUGCAGCACUUGGCUCAUCGGUUGAGUACUGCAGUGUUUCCCAUGAGCGUCUGACAUGAAGGAACCCAAUCCUACAGGAUUGGGUAUUUUCGAUGCCUUUCCACUUUUUCAUAUCCAGUUUUUGUGUACUUUUCAGCAUUCCAUGGAUCCUGAAGUUCUACUUGUUUUGCUUAUACCUGAUGUACUUGUUACCCAGAGUGAUCUUUUCUUGCCGUGCACCCCAAGCACAUUUUCACCUCAUUGAGUUCAGCACCUCUUUGACGACCUCGGAGACGUUUGAAAUGGAAAGACAACAGCGUGACAGCCUGUGUCGCUGCUUUGAAAGCCAGAGGCUGUAAAGAAGGAAGAAGGAGACGAAAACAGAAGCAGUUAUAAAAGCGGUUCUCAACAGGACAUGGCAAAAUUUCAAUGCGUCUGAUAAACUGAAGUGGGUGUUGGAGCAAAAA